AUCUGCUCAGCAAUGGAUACAAAAGUCUAUAAGACAAACAAGGGUCCGUAUAAAUUCUUGAAAAUUGUCAUGGUGUGGCCCCCAUCAUUUUGCAACACUGACGCAGAGGAUAUUGAUUGUGAUAAGCCGUUGAUAGAUGAUCGUUUCACAAUUCAUGGAGGUUGGACUAUGUACACUGCAACAAAGUGGGUUGCACCCUACAAUAAAACGGGAUGCCACACUACCGAGAUACCACUCCCAGCAGAAGCUAUUACGAGAGAGUUAUUAGGCGAGCUUGUACCUGAUAUGAUCCACCUAUGGCCGGAUGUUGAAUUCUACCUAAACGAGACAAAAACUGAUGAUUUUUGGAAGUAUCAGUGGGUAAAACAUGGGAUGUGUUUUAAACAUCCAACGAAUCCGAAAAUUUAUUUUCAGACAACCAUAAAUAUCCCAAAGACUUAUAAUUUCCUUCAAAUACUCAAACAAGGAGGCUAUAAUCCGGACAAUGGAUUUUAUAAUGCAACCAAGAUGGCAACGAUCGUCAAUGACGCUUUGGGAGUGGAUGCUGAACUUAGGUGUAACAAAAAUACACUUGGAAAUGUACAACUACAUGAGAUUUGGGUACGUCUCAAUAGGACUGAUGUACUUAUACCAAUCGGACGUGCUUCUAUUGGUAAUUGUCCAACCGACAAGCUCAUACAGUUUCCUUCUGCUACAUUAGUUAGUGAUUGAGGACGACAUAGACUUUAUUCUUAUACUCUAUCACUAAUCCUUGUCUCGUACCAAAAUUGUCUUUUUUUCCUUUUAAGUACUUGAUAUAAAUAAAUGACGGA